CGGCUGCGCAGGCGCGCGGCCGAACACGUGGCUGCUGCGGGGCCAGAAGAGCAAUGGCGGCGAGUGGCGGAGGCCGCCGCGAUCCCCUGGCCCCCUCCGGGAGCCCCUGCGCUUUCUCUCCGCGGGGCCAGCACUACUUUUCGUUAGCCGGUCCUGACGGGCACUUGCGGGUGUGGGAGACAGCCAGCAGCCGCCUGCACCAGGACUUCGUUCCUUCUGCUCACCUCAGCGCCACCUGCACCUGCCUGGCCUGGGCCCCGCCGCGGUCGCUGGCUAAGGAAGGUCCCCAGAGGAAAAAAAGGAAAUCUGAAGCUGUAGGAACUGGUGACCAGGUUGACCUAUUGGCCAUUGGUACAGCAGUUGGCAGCAUUUUAUUAUACAACACAUUAAAAGGAGAGUUACAGAGCAAACUCGUAAGUGGUGGACAUGACAAUAAAGUAAAUUGCAUACAGUGGCAUCAAGAUAAUGAUUGUUUGUAUAGCUGUUCAGAUGAUAAACAUAUUGUGGAAUGGAAUACACAGACUUGCAGAGUAAAGUGCAAAUGGAAAGGUGACAUCAGCAGUGUCAGUGCUUUGUGCAUCAGCCCUGAUGGGAAAAUGUUGCUUUCGGCUGGUCGAACUAUCAAACUAUGGGAUUUGGAGACUAAAGAAGUCUAUAGACAUUUCACAGGUCACGCGACAGCUGUUUCAUCACUUAUGUUCACAACUCUUAGACCUCCUAAAGAAAGUCAGCCCUUUGAUGGAAUUACUGGCCUUUAUUUUUUAUCUGGAGCAGUACAUGACCGAUUACUUAAUGUAUGGCAAGUUCGGUCAGAAAAUAAAGAGAAGAAUGCAGUGAUGUCUUUUACAGUUACUGAUGAACCGGUCUACAUUGACCUGACUCUGUCAGAAAACAAAGAGGAGCCUGUAAAGUUAGCUGUUGUUUGCAGAGAUGGACAAGUCCAUUUAUUUGAACACAUAUUAAAUGGAUACUGCAAAAAGCCUUUGACUUCGAAUUGCACUAUUCAGAUUGCAACAUCUGGGAAAGAUAAAGAAUCAACACCUAGUCCUAUCCCAAUUCUAGCAGCAGCUUUUUGUUCAGAUAAGCAGUCUUUGCUACUUGUAUAUGGCAGUCUUUUGCAGCCAGCUAUUGAAAGAGUGUCUUUGCAUUCCAAAGAACCUCAUAUGUGUCUGAUAAGAGAUAUUAAUUGUUGGACUCCAAAAAUAGGAGUAGCUGUAACAAAGGUAAAAACACCAGUGAUGAAUUCAGAAGCCAAAGUUUUAGGCCCUGGAAUUCCUGGACAUCAUGCAGCCAUGAAAGCUACAUUGGAGACAGAAAAAACAGAAAGCAAAAAGAGAUUAAAGGAGAAUGAGCAAAUCAGCAUUGAAGAGCGAUUGGGAGCAAUGGACAUAGACACCAUGAAAGAAAAAAGAAAAGGGGACCUGAAGGCGGACAGCUAUCCUGUUCUUCUAGUGCAAGGCCUAGAAAGUAAUGACUGCUAUAUGUUAAAUAAAGUACUUCAAACAAGAAAGGAUACCUUAAUAAGAAACACAGUGUUAAGGAUUCCAGUGUAUGCUGUUAUUCCUUUAUUAAAUGAGCUUACUAAGAGGUUGCAAGGACAUCCAAAUAGUGCUGUGCUUAUGGUUCCAUGGUUAAAAUCUGUGUUAACUAUACAUGCAUCUUAUCUGUCCACACUGCCUGACUUGGUACCCCAGCUAGGAAUGUUAUACCAGUUGAUGGAGAGCAGAGUCAAAACCUUAAGGAAGCUCUCUCGACUGCAUGGAAAACUCAUCCUUCUUAUUACACAGGUGGCAGCAUCUGAAAAAACUCAAGGUGUGCCUCCACCUGAGCAGACAGCCAAACUGGUUUAUGAGGAAGAAUCUUCCGAAGAGGAGUCUGAUGAUGAAUUAAUGGCAGAUAAAAAUUCGGAUGAAAAUUGGGAGGAAGAUGAAGAAGAGAAAGAAAGUGAAAAGGAUGAAGUUGAAGAUGAUGAUGAUGAAGAUGAUGAUGAUGAUGAUGAUGAUGAUGAACAAGAAAUAGAUCAGGACACAGAAAAUGGUGAGGAGAAAGAAAUGGCUCUUGAAAAAGAAAUAAAUGGAGAUUCUGAUUUGGACCCAGAAAAUGAAAGUGAAGAAGAAUGAAGAAGAAAGGAAAAAUAGGCCAAUAGAACUAUAAACUUUGGCUCACAUUGUUGAAUGCUGCCAUGUUCUCCUGGAGAGGGCAGUCUCUGUGUUUGACCUCUGUGGCAGAAUGCAGAAGGCCCUCCCACCUUUCCAAAUUCAAAAUGGUGGUCUCACCAUGCCAGCCCCCCUUGUCCUUCUCACCUCAAACUUAACUGUGUAAAUAAGAAUGUUUCUUUCGAUUGUUAAUAAACUUUACACAGUAAAUAGACACAUUUUUCUG